AUGGCCCACGCUCUUGGUGGUGGUGGUGGUGGUGGCAGGAGCACGGGACCAGGUACCAUAGCUGGCAACCACGAGUGGGAGCAGAUUGUGGAACUUGCCUCUGGGCGCAUGGGCGACGACAUAGAAGGGGAGUGCGAGGGCGAAAGGGCCGAGCUGGAGAGUGGCGAGGCGGUGCUGAACGUUGAUGACUCGAAGCCGCUGGUGGAAGGAUGGCUGGCCAAGCAGACCAUCCUCCACAGCACCACCAACCGCACGCCGUGGCGCAAUCGCUAUUUCAUCCUCAAGCGGGGCUGCAUCCACUACUACGACGUCAUCGCGGAGGACGCCAUCCACCUCAAGGACUUUGCAGUGGAGCACGAGAGCUCACGCUUGCCGAUCAAGUUGGAGGGCACCGAGAAGUUCGGGUAUCUCCUCACGCUCGUCUUCGACCAGCCCAUCGAAGGUCGCGAGGCCGCCGGAGUGAAGGACGAUAUGGCCAACCGGAUGCUCUACCUCGCUGCCGAAUCGGAGGAGGAGAAGAACAACUGGCUGGACUGGUUUGUUAACGUCGCCCUCGGGUCAGAAAGCGAACAACGCAAAGGGUGGCUCAUGGUUCGCGACAAGCGUACGCGCGCGUGGAAAAACCGCUACUUCACCCUCAAGGGCAAGACGCUGCAUCAACACCACCGCGACCAAAAGCCCUUCCGGUCCCAGGGCAUCUUUCCGUUGGCCGGCGCCGAGGUGUGGUCCCGCGAUGGGUUCUCGUUUAGUGUGAAGGCCAGGUCCGGGAAGAUUCUCAACCUCAUGGCCGACGGCCAAGAUGUCCGGGAUAAGUGGCUUCGGCUCAUUCUCCGGGUCAUCAAGCACUAUCAGGCCAACGAGCUACACCAGACCAUCCUCGAAAAAGAGGACUAUGACAUGCUCGACUUUACGCACAAGGUCAAGGACUGGGUGGAUACAGAACGAGCGAGAGUGGAGAAACGAGUGCAGGACUUCCUCGCGAGCGGCGCCUCUUGUCCGCCUACCUCGUCGCCCGACGGCAAGUUCCGCAUCCUGUCGAUCGACGGCGGUGGAAUGCGAGGGCUGAUGAAUUGCAUCCUCCUGAGUCGACUGUUGAUGGUGUUUCCCGACCUGUUUGAAAAGGUCAACUUCUGGGUGGGUACCAGCAACGGAGGCAUGCUGGCCAUGGCCUUUGCCUUUGGCUACUCCCCCGCUCUCUGCCGCACCCUCCUCGAGCUUGCUGGCUCCAAAGUCUUUAUCAAACGGGAGGGCUACACGGGGGUGCUGAACCGGGCCAAGUUCUCGUCGCAGGCGUUGAAGAUCCUGUGCGAUGAGGUCUACGGUAAAUUGACCCUCGCGCAGUGCCCGUCGUUCGUGCUGCUGCCUUCGCUGCUGCUCGACAACCACGCCCCCGAUGCGCUCCAGCGGGCGUGCGAGAACAGGUACUACCACAACCUGCCCAAGCGCAAGGACGACCGCGAGCGGCGGCGGCGAGCGGUGAGCUUCAACACCCUGCGCCAGCGACAGCAGCGCGAGCAGGAGCGACGAAAGAGAGAGCGCGAGGCGGCCAGCCAGCAAGCAGUACCACCGCCAUCAGAAGCCCGCCCGCCCUCGCCCGCCCUCGCCCGCAAGGCCUCCUCCGACUCUGGCAGAGACGAAGACCACCAGCACCAGCAUCAGCACCACCACCACCAGCACCACCACCACCAGCAGCAGCAGCAGGAGGGACCCCCCAGCUCCCCCUUCUUCGAGAUUGGCUCCUCUCCCGUCGACACAUCACGACCGCGACCGCCGCCAGCAUCAUUCGGCGGCGGCGGAGGCCCCGAGUACGGCGAGGGCGAGGGCGAGGGCGAUCCGCGAGUCAACGAGAUGCUCAGCGAGACCGCGUCCGACUUGGUCAUGCGCACCAUCGCGGCCCCGACCUACUUCCCUUCCCACCAGCAGCACGUCGACGGUGGCAUGUUCGCACACGAUCCGGCGUCGUCAGCGCUCACGCUCGCCAUCUCUCCCUAUUGGCUCAACAAGAAGCUCGACGAAGUAGUCCUGCUCUCCUUCGGAACCGGCAAAGUAAACCACUACUACGAGGACGACUCGCACGACUGGGGCUACAUGCAGUGGGUGCCCAAGCUCGCCGGGGUGCUGUGGGAUGGCAUGAUCAUGCAAUCCGAGCAGAUGUGCCACGAGCUUCUCGGCGACCGCUACUUCAGGUUCAAUCCUGUACUGCAGACCGAAAUUCCCCUCGACAACCCCGAGGCCGUGCCGCUGCUGGUCGACAUUGCCCUGAACAUUGAGCUCGGACCGCUGGUGGCGUGGGUCAACGAGAAUUUCUACUCCACCGCCGCCGCCAAGGCCGAGAUGCAUGCCAGAGGAGCCGCCAGCGCGAGCGAUGCGUCGUCGGAGGAGGCGAGCCCACCAGCCGAGGGCGCUCGCGGCCGGGUGGGUUCCGCUCAGGGACGGAGGGUGGCCUUCGCCGCGAGCAGCAGCAGCAGCAAGGCCGAGGGGGAAAACAACGACGCAUCAGCCGAGGGAGACGACCACGGCACCAACGACGACGACGACGACGACGACGAAGCGGAGGUAGAGGGCGAGGGAGAAGAGGGCGAGAGGAGGAGGAGGAGUAGAAUGCGGCAGGACCAGGAGGGCCAGGUCAAGCGGGAGCGCGAGGCCAUCGAGGUGUGGGAGCGGAGGGAGCAGGAGGAGCGGGAGCGGCGGGAGCGGAUCGAGCGGAUGGAGCGAGAGAAAAGGGAGCGCGAGCGGCGGGACAGAGAGGAGCGGGAACGUCGCGAGCAGGCCGAGCGGGAGCGCGUGGAGCGGGAGCAGCGGGAGGAGCGGGAGCGGGAGCAGCAGAGGCGCGAGGCGCGGGAGCGGGAGGCGCGGGAACGGGGAGACAGGGAAGCGCGAGAGCGGCAGGAGGCCCAGGAGCGGGAGGCGCGGGAGGAGGAGGAGAGGCGCCAGCGGGAGGUGCGGGAGCGGGAGGAACGGGAGCGGCGCGAGCGGGAGGAGCUCGAGGCCAUCGAGCGACGCGCCCAGCAGAUGCGGGAGAUCGAGGAGAUCGAACGCAAGGCGCGCGAGGAGCGAGAACGGCUCGAGCGCGCUCGGCGCGAGGAGGAGGAGGAGGCAGAGCGCGAGGGCGAGCGGCUUCUGCGUGAGGCCGAGGCCGAGGAGGAGCGUCGCCAGAUGCAGGAGCGCGAGGAGCGGCGGCGGCUGCGGGAAGAGGAAGAGGCGCGAGUCGCGCGCGAAGCCGAGGAGAGACGCGAGCGCGAAGAAAAGCUCCUCCUCGAGCGCGAAGCCGAGGAGCGCGAGGCACAGCGACGGCAAGAAGAGGUGAAGAAUGCCGACAAGCAGACGCGGCCCGUUGGCGGCGGCGGCGGCAUGAACUUCUUCGAACACGAGUUCACUUUCGAGGAGGCAGUGCUCCUGGCCGAGGAGGGCGCACCGCUACCGCCACCGGGCCACAAGAAGCGCGAGCGCACGGGCUCAGCCGCUGGAUCCUCCCAGCAGCAGCAGCAGCCGCCGCCGCACCGUCGCGCGGGCUCACCCCACACUCUGGCGCCACGUGCCGCCUUCGCCCCGGUGGUGGUGAGCAGCCCUGUGGACGACCUCUUCUCCUUCCUCACCGCACCGGCAGGAAUGGGCGGCGGAAAAAACCAGGACAGCAGCGCUGGCACCACCACCACCACCUCUGGCGGCGCCACCUCUGCCGUCCAGGACAACCCCGCCGCCGCCGCCGGUGGCAAGAAGCAGCCCGCCAACUUAGACGACUUCUUCUGGUGA